AUGGCCAGCCGCAUCUUUGACAAGUUCUUUGACCUCCCCCUCGAGAUCCGAGACCAAGUCAUCUCAUAUCUCUGUUUGGUUCCAAAUCCGAUCCAAAUAGGACCGACUGUCGACACUGAGAUACCUUUCCCUCACGAUCUACUGCUGUCACACCCGCUGCUAUAUGCUGCCGGCUCCGCUCUCUUCUACGAGCAGAACCGCUUCAUCCUCAACCUCCGGAGCCGGCCGCGCGCAGCCAUCAAGCGCGCCAUUUGCGAUGGGACACCAUGGCUCCUCAGCAACGCCCCGGCCCGGCGCCGCAUCAAAUACCUGGAGCUUUCACCAGGCCGUCUCGGUAAUGUCUUCCAGAGCCACAUCUCGCCGGCCGUGGCGGACAUGAUUCUUAAUGGCUCUCUGCGCCACCUCAAGCUCGUAUUGUACCCGACGAGCACCGACAAGGUUGUGUUCAACCACAACGCUGUCGAUGCGCAGCUGAAGAGGGCGGCUAUGACGAGGCGGGAUGAUGCCUUCACUCAGUCAAAACCCUUCAAGGCGCUACUGAGGCUGCUAGCUGAUCCGGACUUGGAGACAGCCGAGCUCUACGUUGAUCCCAUUCAUCGUGACUUCUGGUGCGAGUUCCAUGAGGGCGUAGAAUGCUGCAAGGGUCACCCCAAGGGCCCAUGGCAACUUAUUCCUAUCGACUGGAGGAACCUUGCUGCUAGUUAUGGACAGGACCAUGAGCUGAAAAUUGUUCGGGUGGCCUCGUAA